UAUUCGAGUCACUGACUUCACGGUGGGAGGGUGUUCGCGUGUGCUGUGAGACAUCUUAAGUCUUUCAUUAUCUUCUGUCUAACGUACAAGAAUGUCAAAAAUCAAAGCAAUAAUAUGGCUGUUCUUCUCUACGAUGUUAUCUGGCGUGGCAGCAGAUGUGGCAGAUGACUGCUUUGAAGUUGGUUUUGCGCGGUCAGGAGGAGCCUUGCCCUACCAGGCCUAUGCCAGUGUCAAGGAUGAAAUUCUUGCUAGAUGGCAGCUGGAGGACCAGACUGGGUCUCCAUCCUACAAGCUCUUCCCAGGGCACCUCAAGAAUAACCACCCCAAAACCCGUACAGGUUUCUCGCCACGCACGGCGUCUGACGGCUCCUCCCUGCCGAGCGCCGUGAGGGUGUCUUCGCUCCUGCAGCGCCACCUGCAGCCCGCCCCCCGCACCGCCGCCUUCGCCUCCUGGGCCCACUUCCUGCAGCAGGAUGUCUUCAGCAUCCCUGAAAGUCCCCUGGCCGAAGGCGUGGACUGCUGCAAGACCCCCCUCGCUGAGGACUGCUUUCCUCUCCUUGAUCCUCAGGAGGACCUCCAGGACCCCAAAUCUCAACCCCAGGAAUCCUGUCUCAAUUUUAAGCGCUCUGCUCGUGGCCAGGCGAUCUUAGGUCACCGCGAGUCCGUGUCGCUCGUGUCCACAUACCUGGACGCUAACCCGCUCUACGGCAGCACCAACGACAUCGCCUUCACCAGGAAGACAGGGUACUUCGGCCUCCUCAAGGGCGUGGAGAGGCUGGAGGAGUCGUCGCCAGGCUGCCGGGCGCCCGAUUCCUGGGACGGCUGCUUCGCUCCAGCGGAGGGCGACUCUGACGUGAGAGAAUUGAGCAGACGCGUGGUCCUGGCGAUUUACCAGCGGAUCACGUACGGAGAAUACCUGCCCUCGCUAAUGGGCGCGCAGGUCGUGGAGAAGCACCAGCUGCUGCCGGGCACCAAGGGCCCUGCUGCUGCUUACAUCAAGGAGGUUAUCCCUGGGGUCCUGAACUCCUUCGCUCUCGCCGCUUUCAGAAAUCCUGCGAUGGCGACCGUGUGGCACUCCUCAGCCCCCGGCAGACACGAGGUGCUGGGCUCCGCGCACUACGACUUCCUCGCCGACCUCCCGACGCAGGACCUCUUGGCGGCCGACCUUCACAGGGCUCGUGACCACGGGUUGGCCGGCUACGUGUCCUGGCGUCGGUUCUGCGACCCUGGCCUCGUGCUGGAGACUUGGGACGACCUCAGGCAGAUAUUCGGCGACGCGCUCACGGAGGACCUUCAGCUGCACUACAAGAACAUCCUCGACGUGGACGCGAUGUUGGCCCUUCUGGAGCCCCCCGAGGAGGGCGGCGUCGUGGGCAAGACCUUCGCGUGUAUCAUGGCUGAUCAGUUCGCGCGGCUGCGCACGGGCAACAAACUCUUCUGGGAAUUCGAGGCCGCGAUGAUGACGGAACCCAUGCAGGAGGCCAUCAAGAACGUGACGCUUGCAUCGCUGCUGUGCCACAACCUGCCCCUGCACACCGUGCCCCGCCACGCCUUCCUGCCCAUCUCCCCCACGAACCCCGCGGUGCCGUGCUCUGAAGUGCCCGCCCUGAACAUGACGUCGUGGGUCGACACGAGCCUCGUCGAGACCAUGAAGGCGAGGGAGGCCCACGCCGCAUCUGCCAAAUCCUUGCCAACUCCGAAACCCGCGACCAACAAAGGACAAGACAAGAAACCCAGUGGAACACCGCCCUCUGACAAGGACAGUGACUACCCUCAGCGGGAUUCGGCCGACCGCACCAUCUCAGUGGUUGUUCCGGAAGACCCCAGCAGCAGCAGCGUUCUGGUGACCAGUGGCGCUGAAGGCGGCGACCGGCAACCGACGGAGCGCAUGGCGGUGCCCCCGGAGGGCACCCCCAGCCUCACCACUUCAGGCAUGCCCAAGCACGAGCUUUAAUUUCCUGGCCAUGCCGCUGAACUGUUUAUGUUUAUUCAAGGUUUCACAAUCUAUGUUUAGAUUUAUCGCUAUUUAUUGAGAAUUGCCGCAUUAGUGUCAGCUUGUUCACUUGACUCUUCAGAAAAACCUUGACGAUCUCAUUGAACAUUCUGACCUCAGGGUAAGGAUAAUUUUAUUUCAUCAAUUUCAGCAUUUGUUGUGUUCUGGAAUUGUUAGAAUCUUUAUUGAGCAUCUUGUAUGUUGAGCAUCAUCAUGUAUGGGCAUUCCUACCCAAAGUCGGAACACUGGCGCGCUUGUCUCACUUGACUAAAAAAAUAAUACUAAUUUAUCAAGCCAGUCAACGUCAAGGCCCGAGUGGUCGCUUGGAUGCCGGCUAUCGUUAUUGUGCACCUGUAUCACAUGAAUCUGUCACAACGAAGUAUUAUCAUUGAUGAAAGCGUUACAACAUUUAUUAGUGUCUAAUUUUGUAUUUUUUUUAUUGUAUUGAACAUGAUUCUCGAUGAGUAGCAUCUUUCAAAACAAUUAGUCUUGCAACUGGUCCCAAGCGUUGUUAUCACAGUGCGCCCUGUACAGGUUUAUUUGAGCACAGCAUAAGUUAACUCCCAUUACCAUCUUGGUUAUUUUCAACUCGGGUCAGAAUUGCACUGCUGCACUUCACAAUCUUUUGCAUGAAGGGGGUGUUAUACCUAUCCGUGCCAGCAAUCGUAUACUCCAUUCAUAAAAUGUUAUAUAUGACUACGCAGUUUAUCCGGGAGAAAUUUAAUAUAUAUUUGUUGGUGCUAAGUUACUUCAGUUUAUUAUUUUCACAUAUGCUUACUUAGAAGUGUUUCUAAGUAUUCUAUAUCUACGAAAGUUGCUUCAAGUAAACGAGUCACAAAUGUU